CCAGCAGGGGCGGACUGACCAUUUGGAAACUCGGGCACCGCCUGAGGGCCCGGGGUCAGUAGGGGGCCCCAUGAGAUGCCCCUGGUACCUUUUUCAUAGGCUUUUUUGAGUUUGGGCAAGGACACGGGGCCCCAUGAUCCCCUAUUGCCCGGGGGCCCCAUGAGUUGUCAGUCCAUCCCUGGACGCCAGUCAUUUGACGGUUUUACAGUUUGGUCCGCCCCUGAACGUGAAGCAGAAUGGAAGUCAAGAAACAAAAAAAGUUUCUGGGAUGUA